UCGACCUUGCUAUAUCACCCACAUGAUCUCAAAUUGCCGGUAAUCGGUAAACUGUAAAAGCAGCCUUUUGACGACAUUUUUAUUUUGUUGUUAUUGUAUAGUUUAACUAUACUAAAGUAAUUAUGUCUCACUUCAAAUUAAUAUCUUCUAUAAAAGCUUCUGAUGUAAUACCUGUUAAUAAAUAUGUAUCAGAUAAGACUGGAUUAACGGUAAUAAUAGCAAACGUUGAGGGUCCCCUGGUCAAAGGAUUUUUUUGCCUUGCAACGGAAGCUCAUGAUGAUGACGGCUUGCCGCAUACAUUAGAACAUCUUAUCUUUUUGGGCUCAGAGCGCUACCCAUACAAGGGUAUCCUAGAUUUAUUGGCCAACCGUUGCAUGGCACAUGGCACCAAUGCCUGGACUGACAUUGAUCACACCUGCUACACCAUCCACACUGCCGGAGAUGCUGGAAUGUUAACUUUACUGCCUAUCUACCUCGAUCAUAUCCUGAGACCCACGCUCACGGACCAAGGCUUUACAACUGAGGUCCACCACAUUGAUGGUGAUGGAGAAGAUGCAGGUGUUGUGUAUUGUGAAAUGCAGGGACGAGAAAAUACAGCAGAUUGCAGAUGUGAGUUGAGCUUACAACGGGCCAUGUAUCCUAAUAGCGGAUAUUCGUCAGAGACAGGUGGCAUAAUGAAAAAUCUGAGAACUUCCACCAACAAUACUAAAGUGCGAGAUUUCCAUAAGAAAUUCUAUAGAGCAGAAAAUUUAAUGAUUAUCUUAACAGGCCAAAUUGAAGCAGAGAAUGUAUUCAAGGCACUUGCUAUUGUAGAGGAUGACAUCAUCGCAAAGAGGGAAAAGGUUCCUCAAGAAGAAUGGGUUAAACCAUGGCAAACCAUUCCUCCUUCACCAAAAUAUGGAGAACGACGGGAACAAUGGCCUGCUGAUACUGAAGAUUGUGGACAGGUGCUAUUCGGCUGGCGUGGGCCGCUGCUGACGGAGUCGUCGGCGCUGACGGAUCUGACGGGCUGCGCGGUGCUGCUGCGCUACCUGUGCGACACGGCCGCCGCGCCGCUGCAGCGCCGCCUCGUGGAGCGCGAGGACGCGCUCGCCGGAGACGUUUCCUACAAUCUAACUGAGAACAUCGCGCCAUUGAUAAAAAUCGAACUAGACAAUGUUCCAAUAAAUAAGCUAGAAACUGCUCGUGACGAAGCUCGUGAAUGUUUAAAGAGUGUUAUCUCUGGUGAGGAAGCUAUUGAUAUGGAUCGCAUGAAACGACUCUUAAGGAAGCAGCUGAGAGAGACAAUGGCCAGCUUAGAGUCUGAUCCACAUCAUUCGAUCGCUUUCAGAUGUAUUGGUGAUGCUUUAUAUUCGCAGAAUGAACAAGAUUUUGUGUCUCGUAUGAAUCCACAACAAACUCUACAGGAGUUACUGACAGAAAAUGUAGAUUAUUGGUUAGGACUGUUAAAGAAGUACUUUUCUGAUGAUGUAGUCAUCAUCAUUGGAUCACCUAGUAUUGCAUUGCAAGCAAAGAUGGCAGAUGAAGAAAAGAAGAGAAUAGAAGAACAAAGAGCUCAAUUAGGUGAAAGUGGAUUAGCGGAAAAGGCUAAACAACUGGAGGAUGCUAUGGAAUUUAAUGAGCUCCCCCCUCCAGCCGGUACGCUGGCGGCGGUGCCCGUGCCACCGUGCGACGACCUGCGCUGCCACAAUAUUCGCACCUGGAGCAGCGGCUCCGAGCCCUGCCCUCACUUCGACCUGACGCAGGUGCCGCUCUACACGAGGGUCCACAGCCUGAACACGAACUUCGUAUAUAUAAACAUAAUCCUCGAUACCAUGAGAGUGGAUCAAAAAACACGCAAGUGGCUUCCUCUUCUCCUCAAUGCGCUGGCCGAGUGCCCGGUGUGGCGCGGUAACGAACUGAUAUCCCAUGAAGAAGUUAUCUCGACCACGGAACAGCUAACAGUGACCUUCAACAACGAUAUCGGGUUCGGUCGUCCCGGGAACUUUGCAGUGGGCCAGUUUGGCAACUUUGUUCACAUCGAAACAAGGUGUGAACCAGCAGAUUAUGAAGAAGUUGUUAAUCAUCUUUAUGAAGUUUUAUAUGCAGCUGAAAUUACUAAGGAAAGACUAUUAGUAUUUACUCAAAGAUUGCUCAAUGAUGUCUCUCAGGUGAGAAGAAACGGUCACAAAAUGGUAUAUGACAUCCUACGAGAUUCGCUUUACUCAAAGGACAGUAAUGUCCACUGGAGUUCUGUCCUCCGGCAACAGAAGUUCCUCAAAGAGCUCAUCGAGCAGCUAAACGCGGGCGGCGACUCAGCCGAAGCGGCGUUGAAAGAAGCGCAGCAAAAGUUCAAGAACAUCACGGAGAGUGCGUGGUUACAUCUCGCUACCGACUUCGAGCGGUACAAGAUUAGCGUGGAGCCUUGGAAGAGAUUUGCCAGAGAGAACGAAAUCACUCCUGUCGAGCCUAAACUUUACAUGGAUGCGGAGCUGAUGAGCGGGUGGGGCGGCGGUAUGGUAGUCGGAGUGGGCGGCUUAGAGUCUUCGUUCGUCGUGCAGCUGAGUCCCGGCCCGCUGGGCUACGCCCUGCCGGACGCCGCUCCGCUGGCCGUCGCGCUCAACUACUUCACGCAGCUGGAGGGUCCAAUGUGGCGAUUGAUACGCGGAUGUGGACUCUCAUACGGCUAUGGUAUCCGUCCCUCACAAAACGAGGGUCGCCUUGCCUUUUCGCUGUAUCGUGCAACCAAUGCUGUGGCGGCCUACACAAAAGCUAAGGCCAUAGUGGAGGAAUAUUUAGCCGAAGGCAAGUUCGACGAAGAUCUAUUCGCAUCAGCUAAAAGCACAGCGCUAUUCGAGGUAGUGGAGAACGAAAAGUGUCCCGCCGACGUCGUCUGCCAAUCUCUCUUCAAUUAUAUCAAACAAGCGGGCGAAACAUAUAAUAGAGAGCUGGUGUGCGCGAUCGCGGCGGUGACGCCCGAGGCGGCGCACGCGGCGGCGCGGCGCUGGCUGGGCGCGCUGUUCGCGGCCGACAGCAAGCUGGCCGUCGUGUGCCACCCCAGCAAGGUGGCCGACGUGCAGGCCGCCUUCCGGAAAAUUAACGUGAAACUGGACGCUUUCGACUCCAUGGAAGCAUCACAUUUCAACAAAUGACCUUUGAGACCGUCUUAAAAUAUACAGUGUAUUAUUUUAUGCAUUUAUUGUAAGUUUAAUGCAGUAUUUGAAUUAAUUAUCAAUAUAAAGAUUUAUGUAAUGUUUUUAUUAUACUUAUAUAGUAACUAAAACUGCUUGGCUGUGCCUAAACAUAUGUAGCCAAUUAAGGCGUGGAUAUAUGUGAGGUGGCUUCACUAUAUAUAACAUUUCCUCUUUACUUAAGUUUGUUUUAAAAACAUUAUAUACAAUGUACCCUCUAUUUUCGUAGUUUUUCAAUAUCUAUUGCUACAUUUAUUUAUUUAUUGACAUUAUGAUUUAUGAAUCGUGCCGAAAAUAUCUAACACACUUCCCUGCAAACAGCGGCACAGGGAAUGCGAGGACUGCGCGGAGCUUAUUGUCGGUUCAAUCGAGCAUAGGCGACUUAUAUCCACAUCUUAAAUAUUGUCUAAGCGAGAAUGUUAUGCCAUGGAAUUU